AUGGCUGCUGCCAGCUGUCAGCUGACUGAAGAUCAGUUUCUUUGCUGCAUCUGUCUGGAGGUGUUCACUGAUCCAGUCAGCUCACCAUGUGGACACACUUACUGCAAGACCUGCAUCACCGAACACUGGAAGGAGAAGGUCCUCUGCACAUGUCCUGUCUGUAAAAAGAGGUUCUACACAAGACCUGAGCUGCAGGUUAAUGUUUUCAUCGAUCAGAUGGUUGCUCAGUUUAGAGAGUCGGCUCAACAGAAGAUCAGAAGCAGCAGCAGCAGCAGCUCAGAGCAACAAGCUGCCAAACCAGGAGACGUUUGCUGUGAUAUCUGCACUGGAACCAAAUCGAAGGCCCUGAAGUCCUGCCUGGUGUGUCUGGUUUCUUACUGCCAGACUCACCUGGAGCCUCACAUGACAGUUCCAGGCCUGAAGACUCACUCAGUGAUUGAUCCUGUGACGAACCUGGAAACCAGGAUCUGUCAGAAACACUUCCAACGCCUGGAGAUGUUCUGUAGGUCCGAUGAGAAGUUUGUCUGCAAAAUGUGCAUGGUUUCAGACCACCAGGGUCACAGUGUUGUUUCACUGAAAGAGGAAUAUGAACAAAGGAAGUCUCAAAUAGGAAACAAAGUGGGUGAGAUGAAAAAGUUCAUCAAGAAGAAGCAAACAAAGAUUCAGUACAUCAGAGACUCAGUGGAGCUCAGUAAUGAAGCUGCAGACCGACAGAAGGCUGAGGGUUUUCUGGUCUUCAACAAUCUCAGGCAGUAUGUGGAUCAAGGCCUCAAGAAUUUCUUUGACACCAUUGAAGAGAAACAGAGAAGCAAAGAAAAACAAGCUGAAGGUGUCAUCACAGAACUAGAGGAGGAGAUUUCUGUCCUGAUGAGGAGAAGCUCUGAGGUGAAGGACCUCUCACGCUCUGAAAGCUACCUCUCCCUCCUCCAAACUCUGACAUCUUUCAAAGCUUUGCAUACCAAGAACCCUAUGGUGGAUAUUCACCCAUCCUCAUAUGAAGGCAGCGUGUUCAGAGCUCUGGUUGAGCUGGAGAACGUCCUUCAUGAAGAGAUGAGGAAGGCUAAACUGAAGCUAAUCCAGCGGUAUGCAGUAGAUGUGACGGUUGAUCCAGACACAGCACAUCCCAGGCUGGUUUUAUCCAAAGACGGGAAGCAAGUCAGUAGUAAUAAUGAGUGGAGAGCAGUCAAAGAUUCUCCAAAGAGAUUUUCUGUUUGGUUGAAUGUCCUGGGAAAGCAGAGCUUCUCCUCAGGAAUGUUUUACUUUGAAGUUCAGGUGAGGGAGAAGAAUGAGUGGUACCUUGGUGUCGGCUGCCAGUCCAUGAAAAGGAAACAACGAGUCCCCCUGAACCCUGAGAACGGUUACUGGACGUUGCAGCUAAAGAAUGAUGGGUACUCCGCUUGUGUUGACCCUGAUGUUUGCCUGCAUCUGAGGUCCAGCCCUCAGAACAUCGGAGUGUUUGUGGGUUAUGACUCAGGUGUGGUCUCCUUCUAUGAUGUCCACUCUGCAGAAUUAAUUUACUCCUUCACUAACUGCUCCUUUAAAGAGAAACUGUACCCGUUCUUUAAUCCUGGCAGAAAUGACAGUGGUGAAAAUGCUGCUCCUCUGAUCAUCACUGCUGACAUCCUGACAUCGUGGAACCCAAUCCACUGAUCCGCGUAGCAACGCAUCAUGCAGCCAGUACUGUCCAGAACUUAUGGGUUGCUUUCCAGGAACCCAAAGGGCGAGUUGGACUCACCCUGUUAACUGCAGACCCCUACAUUAUAGAAAAUAACUUAUUGGUGCUCACCUGGUAAUAUGCUCCGACCUGAAAGGUAACCUGAAAGCUCUGUGAAAGUUACCUUGAAAUUCCAGAAAAUAUUCUGCAGCAUCUGGAAAAAUAACCUGUAAGUUCUGAACUGUAACAUUCGUGUUUCAAAAGACAUUCUGAAAGUUCAAGACAAAUAACUUUUGAUAAAUUUGGAGGUGACCUCUUAAGUCCAAAGAGAGUAACGUGUAAGUGUGACAGUACUGGCUGUGUGAUGCACACUACACUGAUUUUCUGAUGGUUCAGAUCUUGAACUGUUAGACUUCCUGGUUUACAGAAACAGAAGACUUCAGCUGACAGUUUGAGUUCAGAUCAAAUAUCUGGUCUUUCACAAACCAUCCAUCUACUGUUUAUCCCUGCUUAUCCUUGCAGGCUGCUGGGGGGCCGGUGCCAAUCUCCAGCAGUCAUUGGUUCAGAAGUCCAUCCUGGAUGGGUCACCAAUCCAUCCCAGGGCAUCACAGAGACACACAGGACAAACAACCAUGCACACACUCAUACCUCAGAGCAGAUAAGCAAUAAUCAGUCAUGAUUUUAGACUGUGGGAGGAGGUUCAAGGUUUUUUAUUUGCCAUUUGUGCAAAAUCCAACAGUCCAGACACAUUGCAGGUCUUGUGAUGGACUCUCUUGAAGUCAAUAGUUUUGGUAAACAUAAAAUAAGAAAUACUGAAUAUAAAACACAGUGCAAUAUUAGGAAAUAAGGCACUAUGAUGAGAAAAAUCUAAAUAUUUUAAGUGCAAUUCUGAGCAACAGAAGAAAGCAAUGUUAGAUGACAGAGUAAUAACUGGUUACUGGGCUUGUUCUGGGAUGGGGGCGGGUAUAAAACAGAGACAGAGAUAGGGAGAGCGUGGGGGAGUUCACUGGGAGUGUUGCACUGAUAAAAUAUUGCACAUUUAUCAUAAAACAUUGCACAUUGAUCAGAAGGGAAUGUAGCACCUAGUCCUGUUGCACUGAUAAUAGUAGUGAUAUGUCCCAUGUUGCACAUUUAAGGUAAUAUUGUGUAGUUUUACACGUAUUCAGUAUUUUGUUUGGCCAUCAGUCUGACUGCAGCAGAGAAGAAGCUGUGAGUUUUAUGUGUGAUAAUGCUGUCUGCUCUGCAGUGUCUCAGGUUGUACGUGCAGCGUUUGUGUCUAAGCAGAGAGUGAGUCUUUUCCUGCAGCGCUGCACGCACAUAGUAUCCAUGUAUUGUUUAUGGCUCUUUGCAGAACCAUCCUCUCUGCCUGUGUGUUGCUUCCAUACCAGACAGAUAGUGAUGCCCACAGUGAGGAUGCUUUCUAUCAGUCCUCUGAAGGCCUGGGUGACCAUCACAGCUAGCAUUCCUGAGCAGCCUGAUGAAGUGGGGCCAGCUCAGGUCAGAUGUAACCUGCAGUCCCAGGAACCCGUGACUGUCGGUCCUCUCUACCUCAGACCAUUUAAUGAGAGGCUGUAGAAGAGGACGAUUCUUUCUGAACUCCAGUAUUAUGUUUUGGUCUUGACUGGGUUGAGAAUGAGUUCGUUCUCCUUUCAGGUAACAGGGCCCUGUCACCUGACUUGUUUCCCUACUUGAUGAACCCCAAGAUGAUGGUAUCAUCAGCAUAUUUAAUGAUAAUAGUGUUGUCCUGGCUGGAGACACAGUCAUGGGAGUAUAGGGUGAAGAGUUUUGGACUAAGACAACAGCCCUGUGGGGAUCCUGUGCUCAGCAAACACCUGCCCCCCUAUGCUUACAACCUGUGGUAUUGAAGUUUUGAAGUCCAGAAUCCAGAUGCAGGUCGGAGGUGGGACACCAAGGUCUGUCAGCUUCCCAAUCAGCUUGGCUGGGUGAUGAGUUUAAGGCAGAACUGUAGUCCAGGAGGAGCAUCCUGGCGUACGUUUUGAUGCCUUCCAGAUGUUGCAGGGUGUGAUGAAAAGCUUUUGCUACCCCAUUGUCUACCGAUCGAUUGGGGCUGUAGACUGGAGGGAAACACCAUAUGGUUGAUGUGUACUACAACCAUUUUUUCUAGGCACUUCAUGGCGGUUGAUGUGAGUGCCAAGUGAAGUGAAUUUGGGUGGAUCUGUCUGGUUUUUUGAGGACUCGUUUGAUGCUGGAGGUUUUGAAAAUCUGACUAUAGUCUAGGAUUAUAACAGUCUGAAGAUAUCAGGAUAAACAUCAGCUAGUUUUUCACUACAGGCCAUCAGUACUCUCGGAGAGACUCUGGUCCCACCACCUUGUGGGGUAUCGUCUUCUUCAGAGUCUUCAGGACCAGUGCAUGUUUCAUCUGUAAAGCAGUAUCCGUGGGGUCACAAGGGGCUUUUGAAGGUGUGUCUGGGUUCAGCCUGUCAAACCUGGCAUUGAAGGUGUCGAGGCUGAUCUGUGGUUGUUAUCGUUCUUCUGUAGUUUGUGUUUUUUGUCUCCCAGAAUAAUGACAGCAGUGUUAGGAUAAAUGUUCACUAAUUAUAGUGAACAUGACAUUAUUAUUGUGGUUUGUAGUAUAACAAUGACCAUCAGUGGGCUCUACAUGGACAAACUUUCAGUUUAUUACUUUACUUAGUACCCCUACACAUAGCCCGUUCUAAAAUGGCCAAACUCUAACACUCAGUAGUUUAAUCUAACCUCCCCAACAACCCUGCACCAUCCAAACCCUUUGUGAAGAUCCUUGAGACGACAUGUGUUGAGAAAUGGUGCUAUAUAACUAAAAUUGAACUGAAAUGAUUAUGUCAUGUAGCUCAACAUUUAAUGAUGCAAUGCUGUUCUCUGGGCAAGUAGAAUGGUCUUAUUCCCAAAGUCAGAUAUUCCACUUUUUCAGAACAAGAUUUUGAGAUGAUCUUACAAUCGCUACACCAGGAUUGUUUGACGACUACGACCGUUCCUCCUCCGCCAGUCUUGCAGCUUUCAACAGCGGAUCAGUCUUCUCUGAAGAGCGUGUGGGCGUCUGGUGUUACUGCCUCGUUGGGUGUCCUUUCCCCCAGCCAGGUUUCACAGAAACACAUUGUGGAGUAAUCCUGAAUGUGCUUCUGUGUGGAAUUAUCAGUUCUCAGUUCCUCUUUUAAAUUUUCCAGAGACUGAUUGUUUGCAAGCAGUAUGAUCAGCAGGGUUAGCCUUCCAUUGCUAACAAAUUGCCGGAGCCUUCGGUUCAAAACUCCCAGUCUACUGCGUCCCCUCUUGGUCUGUUGUUCUCAGAAGAACUGCCUGUUGGGGGCCGGCAUAGCAUCGAGUCACAUAACAUGCCAGCUCAGGGUAGGACUUCAGCAUAUUUGGUCAGAAAUAACUACGCACUCUCAUCUGCAGUAAGAUCGCUGUCAUAGAAAGGUUUUGCAGAGAGUGUUUUAGCUCUGCAAAAAAAAAACAGUAAGAAAAUGAAGAGAAGAAAGAAGUAACAACAUCACCCUCUUAGGGGCGCCAUGUUCACAUGUGGAGGAAGCUGGAGUACCCAGAGAGAACCCAAUUUAAUGCAUGCACAGGGAGAACAUGCAAACUCCAUGCAUGUGUUGCUGCAGGGCAACAGUGCUAACAACAGCUGCACCGUGCAGCCCUUCACAAAUGAGGUGAAAUGUGAAGAAUUAUUAUUUAUAUAUAUGACUGUAAAAUGAUGUACUUACAAAUUGUUUUCAGAACCUUCUGUAGUUUCAGUGGGUUUUUUUCAUAUGAGAUUUUUGAAGAACAACAGAUUUCAAAUGUAUCUAAAUUUUGAUUUUGUAUUUAAAUACACACAUGACAGUUAAUGACAGGUAAAUAUAACUCUGUAAUGACUGUAUUUAGAUUAUGAGCUGAAGAGAAAUAAGGGAGCUGUCUAUUUGAAAAUCUUUACCGGAAUCUGCUGAAUGUGUCUCAUCUUGGUUUCAUUUAAUCAGCUAGGAUUUUUAUUCUAUUUUCAUACAUGUUAAUACUGCAUAUUAAGAAAAUAGAAACAAACUGUCAGCAAAGAUUUAUUUACACAGAAAAAGUAUGUAUUUUACUUCAGUUUUAAUAUUUUUAAUUAAUAUUUAAACAUUUCAUCCAAGUAAAACUCUAUGCACGAUGAACAUACGUGGUAAUUUAGUAACAAGAAAAACAGAUUGAUGCUAAGACUGUGAUGUUUUCCCUAUUUUAAAUGAUUUUCAGUAGUUACAGUCUCCUGUCAUAUCGUCUCUGACAGACCCACUCUCUUCCACGGAGGAUAUUUGUGACACAAUCUGUUGGAUUUUGAGCUUAGUGUGGUUAUUUUGCUCCCAAUCCUAACCGCUCCAUGGUUCAGUUACUCCUUUGUCAUAUCCUCUGCUGUCCUCGGCCUGCUGCUGCCUCCUGAGUCCUGUCAAUAAAAUCAUUUUCCUAUCAC